AAUGGUCUAUAAGUGGUGGAAGCCCAGUGGAAAGUUGUUCUUGCAAAUCGCCAGAGCUUUGAGGUUCACCCCUGUAUUUUUUUGGGGAGUUUUUGGUGUUGAUCAACACGGGAGUCGAUUUAUUCAACAAAAACUAGAAAACUGUAGCAUUGAGGACAAGGCAUCUGUGUUUCAAGAAGUUCUCCCUCAUGCUUCCAAAUUGAUGACGGAUGUUUUUGGAAAUUAUGUUAUUCAAAAGUUCUUUGAGUAUGGAACCCCUGAUCAGAGGAGGGACCUAGCUAAGGCACUUGCAGGUGAGAUCUUGCCACUGAGCCUGCAGAUGUAUGGUUGUCGUGUCAUCCAAAAGGUAUAUGCCUAAAAUGAUCUUCAUGCAGUAUUUACAUUUAUGAGGCCGAUUCUUUUUGUGCAUUUGUCUGUAUCUACCACUGUUUCAUUUGGUGUUUUUCUUUUCUCGCUGUAUAUGCAUUUCAUAUUAAGUUUCUGUUAUGUACUACAAUUUCAAUUGUUUCCGACUUUCUAUCGUGAUUGGCUAUCACUUCUCAUAUGUUUGUCCUUUGAUCUGUUAGAUUGGGUACUCUUCCGAAAAUCUCCUAGUUUCAAAAAUGACUGACCUGUGAAUGUUAAACGGAAUGAUGUUAACAACAGAGAUCUCUGAAUUCUAAUCCGUACUUGUGUCAUACAAAACCAAGUGAGCA